GCCGCAAAGCGGAGCACUUCCAGGACUAGGCGGCGACAAUAGUGCCCGUUUUCGUGCAGUUCGUAGCUGACUUGGCGCCUUUAUAAUUUAACAAAAAAUGACCUCCCGGCAUCAGCAGCGGACUAGCUUGCGACUCUGCAAGAUACAUACUGACUUUUUUCUCAAGAAGAGAAAGAGUUUCUUGAAUUCUAAGGCCAAUGAAAUCGUUAGCGGUAGCCCCUCCUUUACUUCACUUUCCAAGACUUGUAGGCCAACCCAACACAACCACCUCAGGGACAAAUUCAGACAAAUGUCACCUGUGUGACUAUUGCAUUAGCAGAGUGCUUUGGCUCUAUUGAUAUAUUCUUUUGUUCGAAAGAAUGUAAAGAUCUUGGUCUUCUUCGGUUCAAAUCAUCUUCAGAUUGUGGUGGAGUUUGUGUGCUACACAAUCAUAUGCCCCUUAUAUAUAAGGGUUGGGGUUUGUGAUCUGUUAUCUAGCUUGCUUGGGUGAAGUCGACAGCCCGGCCUGGCGUUUGGAGUGCUUGUUAAGGCUGCCCGUGUUAAGGCUAUCUAUAAAGUCAUAGGUUGUGGUGGAGUACGGGUGCCACACAAUCUAUUCUGUUACGAAGAGACUCGUGGUCUCUUCCGUGCACUAUACAGGAGAGGGUAUCGGUGCUCAAUUGCUUAGUUCGCCUAGUUAAAGCACAAGUGAAUGCAUAUCGUAUAACUCGCUCGUGCUGGAAGAUCGUUCUCGCCACACGCUACUGCGGAUAAGCUCUAGCUCCUUAUCCGCACGCUUUGAAUGUUAUCGCUCUAGGAAGAAAGCACGGGAUCUGUUUUAAAUUUGUCGGUGAGCUUGUUCUUGUCCAGGACAAGGGAUCCCCUCCCUCAACAGUCUUGAUGUGGACAAUCUUGACUGGGGGAUGGGAGAACAGCCUGCAGUAGGUGCUCAGUGGCUGUUCCCUGACCUCUCCUACCCUCUGCCUUUCUUCGUCUAUUUUUGCGUUUGCCGGUUACCUUAUAGUUUGUGUCUACUCUCUACUCACAUGGCCCUUUUGUCACUUCUCGCCCCUUAGGUCCCCUAGUACCUUCCACCAUGUAAAGUAUAAAUUCAUCUUCUGUGUUCGUCCUUCCUCUUUCCGAAAUCAACCUCUUAGGCACAGGGGAGAGCUGUUAGCUUCUCAAUAUCAUGAUCAAGAUCGUGCAAAUCAAUGCUUUACACUCUUUGAAUAAGAAUGUUAUUUUGUUUGAAUUUCGAAUCUGCUCCCGCUUCCCAACCCAAUCCUUUGCCUAAGCAGAUAGAUACCAAUCAAUCUCUCUUCGUUCCACAAGCUAUUGUCUGUAUGUUUUUUCUGUUAACUAGCCACAACCAGAAAGAUGAACAAUGGCGGAUAGUUCUCCUCUUUUUCGUGAGUUAUUCUCUCCACCUGAGUGUAUGGACGAGAAGCACAACGUCCUCGUUGAUUCGUUACUGUCGUAUGCUAACGAAAAAGUCACUUCUAAUUGGACCGUGAUAGCAGAAAAUCUCAGAAAACAUGGUCUCCUCGCUCUGGCAACGUCAACGACUCAAUCUACGAAACAACCACAAGAAGAACUCAAUGUGGACCUUCUGUGGCCGGGAAGUGCUUAUUGGAGCAUCGCGUGCGGUGGGCAGAUGCAAGUUCUACUUGAGCUUGAGAAGAAGGUGCACAGCGAGAAUCGCGAGAUUCUGGAAGAUAUUUUCAAUAAGGGACCAGGACCUGAAAAAACUACUAGCACGAAAACGAUCGAAAUAAUCUUCCGUCCAGAUCGAAUAUGUGGUGCUUCUGGUGGUGCGUGUUCCGCUCUGUUGUGCGCACCUGGCUGGCGAGACACGCGUUUUUUGUUGAAUGCGUAUUUAGCCUACGCCCGACACCAGGAAAAGUACGGCCUCUUAAAAUCGGAAUGGUAUGCAGUCACGCCGUUCUGGCGGGAGGCGUAUCUAGAAGCAGCCCGCAUAGCCCCAAACACCAAAGAUCUCUUCCAGAAGCGCUUCAUCGCUGUGAGGCAAAAAGCGGAUAGCGUCUGGGACACACCGACAAGGAAACUUUCGAACAACGUGGUGUUUCACAAUUUCGAAACUUCAGAGGAACUCGCGAGCGCUGGGGUUGCGUCUGGAGAGGCCACGCUUAUGGGGCUAUGGUCGGGGGUGGAGAUUUCGGCCUCCAAGCUGCCGACACAGAGAUUUAUGGACGGAGGAAAGGCCACACACAUGAAUUGCCUUGACGGUGAGGAAGCUAGUGGUGCAUCCCAGAAACGACCGCGUCCGUUCCUAACUUACUCUACUUACUUCGUGGAGAAGAAGUCUUAUGCCUUGUACGUAACACCAGAUUCGGUUUCUUGGCUGUUCAAGCGAGGCGUAGACGACACGCUCGAUUGGUUAUUGUCAGAGAAUCUUGAAACGGAAAGAAUGCACAUGUAUCGAGCAGACCUGUGGACAGAGGAGACUUUAAGUUCAACAUCAAUGACAAGAUCGGACGUUGAUGCGCAUAUCAGGCAUGUGAAUGAAUCAAGCAAAAAGAAGUUGAACUGGGGCACUGACAGUUUAUGGGAUUUCACCCAGCCCUUUGGAUUCGGUUCAAACGCUAACUUUGUCAAUUUGGGUGCUUUGUCGAGAAGAACCUCAUGAUGCCUGACAUUCGAGACGGUUUUGAGACAAGAAUGGCAAUCGAAUCAAUAAGCAGACCGUAUCACUAUGACUGUUUUUACUCUUACCAUGUAUUUGUUUCCAAUUCUAGUGGCG